AGAAAUGACGUACGAAUAAACACACUUACAAAAUAUCGUAAAAACAACAAAAGUUCACACUCUCCUGUUUCGGUUAUUUCUUUCUUAUUGGCUGGUCCUGUAAAACCCUGAGGUGAGCAAGUAUACGCAAGUUGUGGUAUUUUGCGAAGAAAAGAUUACACCACUUCCCCGCAAAGGGAACGUCUUGCCAAGCGUCCGCUUGGAGCAGUGAAGUGUUCUUCGCGUGUCGUGGGGGAAGGUGGGAAAAAGAAAGUGGCCGUGUAAAGGUUUGCCUGCCAGCCCCGAUCGAAACUCGACGUCCAUUGGUGCGGCCUGCGAGACGCCAUCGACCAUUUUGCGGCAGCCCCCUCUAGAUCAAAAGCACUCAAGACGCCGAUCGUAGCCGAGAAACUGCCCCGCAGACGAGGUCAAGCUUUUGGCUCAAAAAUUGCUCUUCGGUCGAAAAGGCAGCAGCCACCUCGUCGGAAGCUGGUCCAUCCUCCAUUUAUGGAGCUUCCGAGGAACCUGCACGAUUGCUACUUCUUUUACUAUUCGACAUGUAAAAAGGGGACAAACUGCGAGUACCGCCAUGAGCCAGCGGCACUUGGGCAUGAGAAGACCUGCAAGCUGUGGGCAGAGGGCAAAUGCUACAACCGCACCUGCACGAUGCGCCACAUGAAGAUCGAAAAGCCGCGCUCGGCCACGCCGUGCUUCUGGGAGGAUCAGCCGGGCGGAUGCCGCAAGCCGCAUUGUGUGUUCCAGCACAAGAUACCGAAGCCCGCGCAGCCGACGACGAGCAAUGUGGGCGUUCCGGUGCAGCCGGCAGCUGCGGCCGCCGCAGCCAACGCAGCAGCCGCCCAUCUUAUGCACUCGACUUCGGCCGCAGUCGUCCUGGACUAUAACUAUGCAACCUUGCUGCCGAGAAUCAUCUAAGCCCGGUGCACAGGGACACACAGCUGGAUGAACCGAUCGGCAAUGCCCGUCAGCCGCAGUAGUGGCAGUCACACAUACACUUUGCGGAAAAGAUUAAAUUGUAACUCUCUUGUUUCUCUCUCUACGCUAAUGGUGGGAGUGCGCGCCGAAUUGCUUACAUCUGGAUAGAUACAAUGGGCAGCGGACUAAUGCUGCCUGAAAACGUUAUUCUUCUCCCUUCUGCGCAUUGCAUAGCGCAUUAUACAUUAUUCUUAAAUGGUUUUCGGCAAUAAUCAGCUACAAGUUUGUAUUUAUUAUAUUUAUUAUUUUUUCCUUGCUUAUCAUAUCAUGUUGUUAUUAUCGCAAACGAAAUUCACAUUUACAGAUCAGUAAAUAGUGUAUAUCCAACGGUUUACUCAAUAACAAAAAUAGUGAAAUCUGUUAAUCGAUCAAUCGGUUUUCCGUUAAAGAAACGCAAAUUAUGAGUUGGGUUGAAAAUUGGACAGUUAAGAGAGGAUUAAUUCAUGCAUUUGUAGAGGAAAUUACGUACAUGCAAAUUGCGAAACAAAUAGGGAUGCUUUUGAUUGGAAGAAAGCGAAGUUAAACAAGCUGCAACCAAUUUAGCGAAGGGAACGAUAGCGAUCAUCGUACCGACACGAAGAAACAACUAGCCAAAAGCAUUUGAAACUCAAAGUCACAGUUAUGCAUGUGUUUUCGCUGCUAUCUAAGACUCAUUUGCAAUGUUUUUUUUUUUUUGUAUCAUGUAAAUCAAAGCAUAAAGGAUAGAUGAUUGUUCUUGCAAUAGAUAGUUCACAACCGCUGAUCAUUCGGAUACACACAUGGUUCGUUAUUUUUCGGUGAAGGUUUGUGAUUGAAAGUUCCUUAAGCGAUAAAAACAACAAAAAUCCUGAAAAAAGAAAAACAAUAAAAAUAGAAUCAAUGCAAGUUAGUAAAACAAUUACAGAGAGAAUAGAAAAAUCACAGAUGAAGGAGCAGAAAAAGAAAAAUAGAGCAUUACAGUAUGGAAUUUGGAGUCAAGUAAUACAUCAAGAGUAUAGAAAUAUAAUCGUUUCAUUGAAUACUGGUCGUACAUUGCAGGCAGCGUAAAAAUAAAUACAAAACGAAUCAUGAUAUAUGAAGCAUGUUCUGCUAUGAACGAAGGAGAACACGAGCAAAACUCUGUAACCAUGCUAUACAUAUGUGUACUACGGUGAGUGUGUCGUACAGUCAUGCGUAUGUAAUUGAGAAUGCAAAUAGGAACAAAAAGGAAGUCGUCUGCUACACAUGGAAAUAUUCCAAAUUAUGAUCGUCACAUGAAAUGGCAUACAGAUCCAACAGAGAUAGCUUAGCCCGAUACACAAUUACUAGCCCGAUUAUCCCGAGGUACUCCUUUAAGUAUGGAACACACAAGCAAAGGAUUCUCAUUUUAAUAGGUCAUUUGAGUGUAUUUACACAGUUUGGAAUUGCAUGCUGUUGGCUUGGUUUAGAGUUCUUUUGAGUGGCAUUCGAUAGACUUCAUUGAAGCUGUACGACGUGUAAUGGCAAAAGAUAUCUCGAUUUACCGUAAGCAAACUAUAGGUAAUAAAACUUGCACUCACUCACACAUACACACACACAAACCAUAUGAUCUAGCAAAGGUUUCGUUCGGAUUUGCAUUCUAAAUUGAAUGACUACCACGGAUAAGAGUUAAAAGGUAUUGGGCGUAACAUAAAGUGGUCUAUAAUCGCAAAAUUUAAACGUAAUAAACAAGUAAUCAAUGGAUUGAA